AUGGGUGAUUGGAAUAAUAUUAUAAAAAUAAAUAGACAAUAUAUCAAAGUUAAGAAUAAAAUAAAGACCCACGUUGAAAAUAACAGAUUAGAACAACUUGGAUUAACAGAAAAUCUACAAACUCUAUUUCAACCAAUAUUAAAAAGUCAAGAAGAUAUUAAAAAGAGACUCGCGCCUCCCUUAAAAGCUUCACCCCAUAAAGAUCCCCCAAAACCGAUUGAAUAUGGUGGUUUUAUAAUUAGGACAUUAGAUGAUAUAAAACAUUAUUUUUCAAAUCCAAACCCGGAUUUGCCAAAGAGCAUUACACCAAUUGUUGAUAAUGAAAGGUUAUUGUUUAAUGGAUUUAGGAUAAGAUUUAGUGGAAAUUCACCAAUAUUCAAAAUCGAUACAAAAGACUUUAUAUUUACAUUAACAAAAGGGUUAAUAGAUUUAAUGAAUGACGGGGAUGUUGAUAAUGCCGAUUACAAGGAUUUAGUAGAAUACUCAAAAUUUCUACAUAAUGAUAAGAAAGACGGGACCCGAAACAAAAAGAUUAAAAGAAGUUGA